UUGAAAACCCCUAAGUAUUCCAUGGCAUCGUUUCCAAAAAACGUGAGGGACUCGAGAAUCUAGCAACAAAAAGGAGGUUCCGUUCCUCUCCGAUCACUCGCCGGUGCAGUUUAGAUGCUACUUUCAGCCUCCUUGGAGCAAUGAUCCCCCUCCGUCUCACUUCACCCUGUGCUGCUACUACUCUCACAUUCAAGCCCCCUCUUACAUCUACUUUCGGACCUCUAUAUACAUAUCACCACUCCAAAAAGCUCAACCAUAGAAGGUUCAAAAAUGGCAUGUGCAGAGUGGAGUUCUCGCACGACGCGCCAAUUGGUGUGGCCAUAGGUGCUUGUAUUCUCAAUUCGCUUGUAUUUCCAAUCACUCCCUGUCCGGACGACGAUGAAGGUGACUCGGUGAUUGAUUCCGCCGAUGCGAGGUUUGCGGUUAUGGCGAUCAUAAGCUUCAUCCCUUACUUCAAUUGGCUGAGUUGGGUGUUUGCGUGGUUGGAUACUGGGAAAAGACGAUAUGCUGUUUAUGCGAUUGUGUACUUGGCUCCCUACUUGAGGUCAAAUUUGUCGCUGUCGCCUGAGGAGAGCUGGCUGCCUAUUAUUAGCAUUCUCUUGUGCAUCAUUCACAUCCAGCUGGAAGCAAGUAUUAAAAAUGGAGAUCUCGAGGGUUUUCAGCUAUUUAGUGGAAGUGGAAAGCAUCUCUUGUCAGUCAGUAGAAAGAAGGAAAGUAGAAUCUCCAAAGAGGAGAGGAAAAAAGAUCACAUGAACCUGCCUUCUGCACAAGAUCAAUCUAGAAAUGUGACACGAGAGUGGGGAGAUCCUAGAAAGCCUUUAAAAGAUCCUGAACACUUGGGUGAAGAUGGAGCCGCCAAUGGGGAAGGGAAACACUAGAAGGUCUUGAAUUCCUAGUGCAAAUGUCGGACUGCAAUACUUGGUUUAGAGUCUGCCCACGAAAUGGAUGUAUUUGCUGGCAUCUGUCUCAUUCUUUUGUUGUGGCGCAUGAGCUGUAGAAGACCUAAAAAAAGUUUGGCUGUGGAUGAAACAGUUCAAGUGGGUUAAAUUGACACAAUUAAGUUCGAGAUCCAUCACCGAACGUUGAACUAGAACGAGAAGUUCAAGUUUUCAAAAUUGUUGUUUACUCAAAUUUUUUGAUCAGGAGACAUGCAACUUUUUAUUUGGUUUAUCUUUUGGACCUUCGUAAGGAGAUGAUCACUCCGAAGUGAUGUGCGUGAUUUGGGUAUGGUAAUACCCACAGUGAAAUCAAAGGUUAUAAUUAUCAAGUUUAAUUUUUAAG